AUGAUAGCUUACACUGACCGAAAGAGAAAUCCUAUUACGAAAGACGAAGAAAAUUUCCCGAUUGCCUUUAGUCUGCUCGUGUACCACAAUUUUGACCAAAUUGAACAAUUGUUCAUGUCAAUUUACAGACGGCAGAAUUUCUACUGUUUCCAUGUGGACGCUUCUUCACACUCAGCUUUUAAGAGGAAGAUUGCACAGCUGGCGAAAUGCUUUCCGAAUAAUGUAGUUGUUGAUAGUCAACCUGUGGAUGUAAAAUAUGGAACUAUUUCAAUCCUGGAGGCGGAGUUUCGAUGCAUGACUUCCUUGAUCAAGGAUUUAAAUUUAUAUUUAACAACUGACCCCCCCUUGUUCCAGCAAGAAUGGAAAUAUUCGAUUAAUUUAACUGGCGAGGAGCUGCCUUUGUUCACAAAUUUGGAGCUGGUUGAAGUUCUUCGAAAAUUGAGAGGCGCCAAUGUUUUGGAUGGUCCAGAGUAUAUCAACUCACUGCAAUGGUUCCCGAAAACACUUCCACGUGGUCUGAGCAAAUUCAAGAGUUCAGCUCACUUUGUUUUAUCAUUCGAAGCUGUUACUUUUCUAGUCAAUGACCCAACCCAAGUUGUGUCGGAACUUUUCGAAGCUUUCAGCCCACACAAUUUUCCCGAAGAAGCUAUAAUUGCAAUUCUCCAGUACAACUGGCAAGUUGGUUUUCCAGGUGGAAGGAAACGAGAAACGAACGCCAAAACUAUUCUAGGUCCAGAGUAUAUCAACUCACUGCAAUGGUUCCCGAAAACACUUCCACGUGGUCUGAGCAAAUUCAAGAGUUCAGCUCACUUUGUUUUAUCAUUCGAAGCUGUUACUUUUCUAGUCAAUGACCCAACCCAAGUUGUGUCGGAACUUUUCGAAGCUUUCAGCCCACACAAUUUUCCCGAAGAAGCUAUAAUUGCAAUUCUCCAGUACAACUGGCAAGUAUGGAGAACAAAUUCAACAGGUUCAAAAUAUGGGUGGAAGAUUAUGGUCGAAGACCAAAUUUGUGUCCCAGUGGAAAAAUUCGACACAAUAUCUGCAUAUUUGGAGUACGAUCACUACCAUUUUUCUCAGACAAACCAGCUGGGAGAUACCUGUUUAUAA